GGGCGGGAAGGCGGAGGGGGCAGGUGAGGCGGCACCGGCCGCCGGGGGGCGGGCAGUGACCUCCGCGGCGGGCGCGGCCCCGCCCUUCCGCCACCGCUAUAUCAGGAGGGGGGCGGGCGCCAGGGCGGGCCUGAGCGUGUGCGGGCACCGAGCUCCAUCCAUUUCAAUGGUGCAGCUUUCCCAAGCCCCUUUCUGUCGCCCAUCAUCACCUUCAGGCUGGUCAGAGGAGGGCAAGGACAAGAGCAUGAAGGCGGCCAAGCAGCAGGUGAACCCGUCUGGGGAGAGCCAACCUCCCUCCAGCCCCCUGCAGUCUGCGCUGAACUCGGCAGCCUCUCCUUCCCAGGCAUAUGAGACUUACAUAGAUAAUGGGCUUAUCUGCCUCAAACACAAGAUCAGGAACAUUGAGAAAAAGAAGCUCAAACUAGAAGACUACAAAGAUCGACUGAAGAAGGGAGAAGCCCUCAAUCAAGACCAGUUGGAGGCAGUAGAGAAGUAUGAUGAAGUAGUACACAACUUGGAAUUUGCCAAGGAGCUUCAGAAGACUUUUUCAGGACUUAGCCAAGAUCUGCUGAAAGCACAGAAGAAGGCUCAGCGAAGAGAGAGUCUACUGAAGCUUGAAGCAGAGAAGAAGAAACUGCGUACAAUACUUCAAGUCCAGUAUGUGCUGCAGAACUUCACUCAAGAGCAUGUUCAAAAAGAUUUCAAAGGUGGUAUGAAUGGUGCAAUAUACUUGCCUUCUAAAGAACUAGACUACCUCAUAAGAUUUGCAAAACUGACAUGUCCAGAAAGAAAUGAGAACUUGAGUGUUGAAGACCAGAUGGAACAAUCAUCUCUCUACUUCUGGGACCUUCUAGAAGGAAGUGAGAAACCUGUGGUUGGAACAACAUAUAAACACAUGAAGGACCUGUUAUCCAAACUUCUAGACUCUGGCUACUUUGAAAGUAUUCCAACUCCUCGCACCACUGUGCCAGUAAAAGAAUUGGAAGAAGUAAAUAGAAAAUCUGAGAGAACGAGACAGAUGUCAAAAGGAGAGUCUGUCAAAGAACAAGAAUCCCUUAUGGAGCUUAUGAAGUCUGAAAUACAGCCACAGGAGUUUCUCAACAGGCGUUAUUUGCCUGAAGCAGAAUACUCUGUCAAGAAGAAGCCAGAAGAGCCCAAAUCUUGGGAAGCUGAGUGUGCUAGAAAGCAAGAACCUCCGAAGUCCUGGGAAAUGCUUGUUGAUAUUGAAGAGCGGGAACAGAAGCAGAAACAAGAGACCUUAAAGCCUUGGGAAGCUCGUGUUAGGCAGCAAGAACCAAAAAGACCAGAUUCUCCAAAGCCUUGGGAAGCUCGUGGUAAAGAGGAGGAGCAGAAGCGUGAGUCUACAAAGCCCUGGAACACCCGUGUUGAAGAGGAAGAACAGAAGAAGCAAGAAGCUCCAAAGGGCUGGGUAGCAGGUGUCCGAGAGGAGCAGGAGUCCCCCAAACCUUGGGUAGCGAAGGUUAGGGAGGAGCAGGACCAGAAGAAACAGGAAUCAGCUAAGCCAUGGGUAGCAAAAACUAGGGAAGAGCAGGAACAGAAAAAGCAGGAGUCCCCAAAACCUUGGGUAACCAAAGUUAAGGAAGAACCAGAACAAAAGCAGAAAUCUCAAAAACCUUGGGUAGCCCAAACUAGGGAGCAACCAGAACAAAAGAAGCCAGAGCCUGUGAAAUCGUGGGAAAUGCCUGUUAGGGAAGAGCCAGAGCAAAAGAAGCAGGAGCCUGUGAAGGCUUGGUCUGCACAUGUUAGGGAGGAGCCGGAACAAAAGAAGCAGGAGACUCGAGAGGCCUGGGAAAAAGCUGACAGGCAGCAGCACGUGUCAUCACAACAGAUACAGAACCCUCCGAAGACCUGGGGAGCUGCAAGUGUUGGGCCAAAGGAGCAGAUGGGGCCAAAGAAGUUUGAUAUGGAACCCAAAGAAAAGCGGGAGCGCAAACAGAAGGUUGAACAUGAAGUUAAAAGAGAUGGAAAGAUGGAUGGCUUAUGUGGUGGACAAGACUUUGAUGCAGUGAGGAAAAAGGCGGGUCUCCAGUCAGUUGGAGAAACUUGUAAACUGCCUAGGAAUCUUCAUAGUAAUGUGCAGGUGCCUAAACCUGUACAUCAGCCAGCUGCAGAAUUUUGCUCUACUUCAACUCUUCCAAAAGAUCCAGUAUUGAGAAGGGAGAAACUUCAGGAUCUGAUGAUUCAGAUACAAGGGACUUACAACUUCAUGCAAGAGUCCAUCCUGGAUUUUGAUAAAGGUUCACCAAGUGCCAUUGGUUCAUCCCAACCACCUUCAGUUACUCCAGCAAGUAGUCCUGUAGCUUCAAAAGAACAGAAACUGCCAAGUCAGAGUGAUUUUCUUCAACAGCCCCUUCAAGCUGCUGCUUCAUCCAUGACAUUACAUGGCUCAAAUACUUCCCUAGCAUCUGCUGAUCAGACUCUUUCUGGCCACGAUACUGAAGACUUGGUGACACCACAGGCAUCAGCAUCGCUUUCUCAAGAGACUGAGAAAUAUGCUUCCCAGCCACUGUAUCAGACAACUUCACAUAUUUCUGAGCCACUGAUAUCUAAAAAGAUUGAAAUUGCCCAGGCAACUGUUCCCCUCUCAAGCGAAACGCAGUCACCAUUGCCUACUUCAAGCACCUCUAUGUCCCCAGUACCACCAGCGCAAAGCUUUCAGUCUCCUCCAGCAACUAGCAGUUCUGUCACAAUAACAGCAGCUCCCUUCCAGGCUAUGCAGACUGUAUUUAAAGUGAAUGCACCACUGCCUCCACGUAAAGACCAGGAGAUUAAAGAGGAUUCUUCAUAUUCAGCAGGAUAUAACCAGAGUUUCUCCACAGCAAGUACACAAACUCCUCCUCAAUGCCAGUUGCAGUCUUCCCAUGUUGCAGAACAAACUUCCCUUUCACAAGAAUCUCUGUCUUCAGGAGUGAAUUAUCAACCUGAUGGAGCGGUUCCUGUUAGCAAUGGUAGCCUUGCCUUUUAUCCAGCACAGACUAAUGUUAUUCCCAGACCCCCUCAGCCUUACCUUAACAGUCGUGGGUCUGUCAGAGGAUCUGCUAGAGGUGGAAGGUCACUGGCUAAUUCAUAUCGUUCCCCUGGUGGGUACAAAGGUUUUGAUGCUUACAGAGGCUCACCUUCAAUAACUAAUGGCAGCUAUGGCCAGCUGCAGUUCCCUGGUAGAGAUUAUGCUGGAAUGUCUUAUACUCAAAGGGACGUUAAUUACCAACAAUGCUAUAAACGAGGUGGGAUAACCAGUGGUCCUCGAGCAAAUUCAAGAGCAGGGUGGAGUGAUUCCUCUCAGGUGAGCAGUCCAGAACGAGACAAUGAAACCUUCAACAGUGGGGACUCUGGACAGGGAGACUCCCGCAGCAUCACCCCUGUUGAUAUGCCAGUGACGAGUCAAGCUGCUGCCAUACUACCAGUGCAUGUCUACCCCCUCCCACAGCAGAUGAGAGUUGCCUUCUCUGCUGCUAGAACAUCUAACCUGGCCCCUGGAACUCUAGACCAGCCAAUUGUGUUUGAUCUGUUGCUCAACAAUCUUGGAGAAACUUUUGAUAUCCAGCUUGGUAGGUUCAACUGUCCAGUGAAUGGUACAUAUGUCUUCAUCUUCCACAUGCUGAAACUGGCUGUAAAUGUUCCCCUGUAUGUGAAUCUCAUGAAGAAUGAAGAGGUCCUGGUAUCAGCAUAUGCAAAUGAUGGGGCUCCUGAUCAUGAAACAGCCAGUAACCAUGCGGUCCUGCAGCUGUUCCAGGGAGAUCAGAUCUGGUUGCGUCUGCAUCGGGGAGCCAUCUAUGGAAGCAGCUGGAAAUACUCCACCUUUUCGGGAUACCUCCUUUAUCAGGACUAAAAAAAUCCAGUGCAAUGUUUACAAAAGAGCUGCUCCAAACACCUUGGUGGAGGGGGGUGGGACUAGCUUUGCACUUACUACUGACUUUAUAGAAGAUAUGUGGUUCCUUUAUUGGGGGAAAUGAUGGUCCUGUUGUGCAAGGUGAAAUCAUGGAGUUGGGGUACUGAAUCAGCACUAAUUUGGCACUUUAUCAGUUGUGAUGUAGCCUUGCUAGUAAAGCUGUGAAUGUAUAUUGUUUGCACUUACCCUAAACUGUAUUAAUGUCCAGCUUACUACACUAUUGAUUGCCUCGAGUAUGGGCUAUUCACAAUGCCUUGUUGUGCCUCAAUAAAACAAGUUAAUAUGCAUUUUAG